AAAAAUACCAAACAUCUACCAUCUCUCUAAACACGAAAACAUAAACGCUUACCAAGAAAUCAUAGAUUUUCUAUACCAAAUUAAAAUAAACUUAUAAAUCUUUCCAACCGUAAUUCCUUGACAAUUUCCAUGUGCACGAGUGUGGCCAAAUAAUUCCACGAAAUUUACGGGUGUUGAUGUUAAGGUAACCUAAAACAAAAAAAAAAGGCAAAAAAUCUUCGCCAUAAAAACGAUUUAUUAAAGUAAACAACGGUACGGAGCAGUUUAUGCUAGCGAAGAUCAGUUGAUUUGUUUGUCCACGACUGCAACGCUGUCACUGCAAGCCGAGCAGAACGCCCAAGUACCCGGUAAGACUAAGCCGCAGCCGAUGCCGCAUUCAUCCGCAUGCUGAAACUGCAACUGAAUCGAAAUCGAAAUAGGAAUAGAAAUCGAAAUCGGAAUCUUUAACUGACACUCACUUUUGAUCUGCAACUGAAUCUGAGCACGCCGACGAAAUGAAUCCCUGCGUGCUGCCCACCCCAUUGCCCGAUCUGGAUGGCGACAAGCGUUGGCACAGCAUACACCGCCGGUUCAUCUCCGAUUGCCGCGAAAAGGAUCCGGAUGUGAUAUUCCUCGGCGACUGCAUCUUCGAGACCGUCCAGGACACGGAGGCCUGGAAUCAGUACUUUGCGCCGCUGCACUGCCUUAACUUCAGCAUUCGCGACGACUGCACCGAGCACGUACUGUGGCGCAUCGAAAACGGUGCGCUGGACAAUGUGAGUCCCAAAAUCGUCGUCCUCCAUGUGGGCACCAAUAACGUGCGCAACAGCGCGGAGGAAGUGGCCGAGGGUGUGCUCGCGAACGUAACGAAAAUACGUCAAAAGCUGCCCAACGCCUACAUCGUUUUGCCCUCGCUACUGCCGCGUGGCCAGCAGCCCAAUAAGUUGCGCGAAAAGAAUGCCAAAAUCAACGAGGUGGUCAAUGGAUUGACCAAGGGCUUGUAUCGCGUCCAGACGGUGGCCAUUGACAAGGGUUUGGUCCAGAGCGACGGCAGCAUCAGUCAUCACGAUAUGUUCGACUAUAAGAAUCUGACCAACGCUGGAGCGAAAAAGAUAUUAGAACCACUCUACGAUCUGCUUUCUCAAAUUCUCAACGAAAACGAACCUGAAAACGAUCUCACUCCCUCCGAAUAAAAGGAACAUCCAGCAGCUAUCCAUUAUAUAUACAUACAUACACACAUACAUAUACCACAAACAAUUCCCAGAAUAUAACUUAAAACAAGAAAUGUAUUUUUUGAAAUCUCAAAAGCAAUAGAGCUGCGAGACUAACUCACAAUUAAGCAUACAUUUUUCGUAUCGAAUAGUAAACCAUCGCAUAUACCAUUGCAUAAUAUUAUUUUACAUUGUAUUGAUAAGAUAAAAACCGAAAUGACUGUCUCAUUGGGUAAACUAUAAGUUAUCUUCAAGCAUCAGACAUUUAUGGAUUUUCGCUUGCAUUCGUUCCUUUUACCAUUUCCGUUUGAGCACCCACAAAUUAACUUGUGUUUGUUUAUAACAUUGACAGUAUUCUAUAUGUUUUAUUACUAUUUUAUGCAUUGACAAUAAGAAGUAAAGUUGAAUGCAAACCGUG